AUGGAGCCAUUAAAAAUCCCGCUUAAAACCAAGUAUGGUCAGGCUGUGCCCCCUGUUGCUAGCUUGAUCCCUAGCAAAAGAACUAGAACAUUACGCUGCUUUUUGUCUGAUCAAGACCAAGGAAAGAAUCAAGAAUUUCAAGAAGCUGUACCUAGAGGAAUAAGAAAAUCACAUUUUGAGAGUGGAGCUUAUUAUAAGAGCACUGCAAAUAGCUCUCAGGAGGACUCUCUAGUGUCAUUACUCAAACAGCCUCUUUAUGUUGGUCCUGGUGCUGUUCUCCAACUUGAUUGUAGGGAGGGUAACAAAGGUGAAAGCAAGGAUAUGAUUGAGGUAUUAAAAGUCUCAAAAUCUUCAAACAUGCAGAGCAUGGAUGCUGUUGUUCAAAAGAAAUAUCCUAUUUAUCUCAAAGAUAUUGCUCGAGGAGAAGAAAAUAUACAAAUUCCCUUGGUGAAUGAAUAUGAAUCUCUGGAGUUACCAAACUUUUUGUACAUAAAAAGUAAUAUGGUUCAUAAAGAUGCUCAUGUCGAUUUUUCACUUGCUCGUAUAUCAGAUGGUAAUUUUUGUGCAGAGUGUUAUGGAGAUUGUCUAUCCUCAGACUUGCCUUGUGCAUGUGCAGCAGAAACUUUAGGUGAGUUUGCUUACACAAAGGAGGGAUUACUCAAGGAAAAUUUCUUAGACGAAUGCAUUGCUAUGAAUUUGGAACCUAAAACAAAACACUUCUAUUACUGUGAAGUCUGCCCUCUGCAAAAUGAUCUACAUCAAAAGUUGAAGAAAACAAAACGGUGCAAAGGUCAUUUAACUAGGAAAUUUAUAAAGGAGUGCUGGAGUAAAUGUGGGUGCAGUAGGAAGUGCAAAAAUCGUGUUGUUCAACAAGGCAUUCAAGUGCCUUUGCAGGUUUAUGGAACACCUGAAGGGAAGGGGUGGGGUAUUCGAUCUGUGAAUGCCCUAAAAAAGGGCACUUUUGUUUGCGAGUACGUAGGGGAGAUUGUGACGAAUCAAGAGCUUUAUGAGCGAAACAAGGAGAGGGCUGCUAAGCAGGAGAAACAUACGUACCCAGUGCUUUUGGAUGCAGAUUGGGGUUCUGAAAGGAUACUGAAAGAUGAAGAAGCCCUUUGCUUGGAUGCAACAGAAUUUGGAAAUGCUGGUAGAUUUAUCAAUCACAGAUGCUAUGAUGCUAACUUGAUCGAGAUCCCUGUCGAAGUAGAGACUCCAGAUCAUCACUAUUACCAUGUUGCAUUUUUUACAACUAAAGAUAUUGAGCCAAUGCAAGAAUUGACUUGGGAUUAUGGUAUUGAAUUUGAUGAUAAGUACCAUCCAAUUAAAGCUUUCAAGUGCAAGUGUGGAAGCGCAUAUUGUCGUGACAAGUCAACAAAGUUAUCUUCAUCUAUUCGUUGA